AUGCUCCAGGCGCUCGCCAAGAGCCCUAGAUUCGAUUCUUCCUCGUCGCGGCUGCGCGAUCUCGUCAAUCUCAUCGACGCGGGAUCCAUCCGCCCCGACGCGGCGGAUUUCCGUCGCCUCAUCGCGGAUUGUACAGAUCUUCGCCUCCUCCACGAAGCAAGAUGCAUCCACAGCUUGGUCCACCGCCACGGCCUCGCCGGCGAUCGAUUGAUCGGCAACUACCUCGUCAAGAUGUUCGUGCGCUGCGGCGACAUCGACAGGGCGCGCGAGGUCUUCGAUCGGGUAAGCGCCAGGGACGUGAUCCUCUGGACGGAGAUGAUCGCCGCAUAUGGCGAGAGGGGAUAUUUCCAGGAGUCGCUGGAGCUCUGGAAGAUCAUGAGGCUCGAGGGAGCCAUGCCGGAUCUCAUCGCAUUCGUCACAGCGCUCAAAUCUUGCUGCUGCCCGGCGAGCCUCGGGGAUGGGGCGCUCAUCCACUGGAUGAUUCUCGAGAGCGGCCUGGGAUCCAACGUGAUCGUGGAGACGGCAUUGGUGAAUAUGUACGCUAGAUGCGGCAGGAUCGAGCAGGCAACCGCGAUGUUCUUCGGGAUUUCUCACAGGGACAUUGUCGCGUGGAACGCGAUCAUAGCGGUAAAUGCCGAGAGAGGGCAUUUUGGCCAGGCCAUGCAUCUCUUCCAUUCGCUGCUGCUCGAGGGCGAGAGAUCGCCCAACAAGAGCACCUAUGUGGCGGUUCUCUCGGCUUGCAGAGAUCUCCACGACCUCAAGCUCCUCCACUCGUGCUCAAUCCACAGUGGCCUGGAGCUCCACGUAGAGGUCGCCACGGCACUCGUGCACGCGUAUGCUCAGCUCGGGCACCUCUCCAUCUCUCGCUCGAUCUUCGACCGGUUGCUCUGCCAAGAUCGAGACAUCGUCCUCUGGAACGCGAUGAUCGAAGCCUAUGCCCAAGAGGGCGAUCGCGAAUCCAUCGCCCUGUUCCGGCAAAUGCAGCUCCUCGGCUGCCACCCAGACCGAGCGACGUUCCUGAGCUUGCUCUCGGCGUGCUCGGCUAUGGUGGACCUGGAAGAAGGAAAGAGACUACACUCGCGGAUCGGGAGCUGCCUCGAGGACUUCCAGAUCCAAAAUUCGCUGCUUGCGAUGUACGCCAGGUGUGGGAGGCUCGAGCUCGCGCAGCUCCUCUUCGAUGGAAUGCCCGAGAGGUCGGUCUUCUCCUGGAACUCCAUGGUCGCCGCGUAUGCUCAGCACGGGCAUCUCGACCAAGUCUUCCAGAGCCUGAAGAGGAUGCAAAACGAAGGCGUCAAGCCCGACAGCGUGACGUUCGUGAGCGUCCUCAGUGCUUGCAGUGGAGCCGGACUGCUGGUAGAGGGCCGGAGCCACUUCGAGUUUGUGAAGCGUCACAUUCGCGAGUGGCCGAGCACCGAGCACUACGGCUGCAUGAUCGAUCUCCUUGGUCGCCUGGGAAGAUUGGAGGAGGCCGAAAGACUAGUUUUGGAGGUCCCGGACAAAGCAGCGGACGCGGUGCUGUGGAGAACACUGCUCGCUGCUUCCCGGACUUACGGAGAUUUGGAGCGAGGGAGACGAGCGGCGGAGAGAGUGGUGGAUUUAGAUCCGGACGACUCUGCUGCUUACGUCGUGCUCUACAACACAGUUGCCACUUAG